AUGGAUGGCAGCAGCAUGGGCAACCCGGCUAGCCCGGUUCUGGCAGGUAUCGUCAUGGAUUACGUCAUCUCAGAGGUCCUGGAGAAGCUUCCGUGCAACAUUGCAUGGCUGAAACUCUACGUAGACGAUAGUGUGUUGCCGGUUCCGGAGGACUCUAUUAAUAUGGUACUACAGUGCUUCAAUUCCAUCCAUGAUCGGAUCCAGUUUACUGUGGAAAGAGAGGUGGAGAGAUCCAUCAGUUUUUUGGAUGUAAAGAUACAUCGGAUGAAUGACGGGAGCCUGAAGCUCAAUUGGUACCAAAAACCCACAAGUUCUGGGAGAGUUAUCAACUACGAGUCGAACCAUCUGAUGGCGCACAAAGUUGGUGUGGUAUUCGGCAUGUUACACCGAGCAAUUGGACUCAGUCACGAGGACUUUCAUGAGGCUAAUAUUGACCGAGUGAAAGAUACUUUAACGAAGAACGGUUAUCCUGGGAAGUUCGUCAUGAAGUGCGUGCGAGAGUUCAAAAAUCGAAGAGCUUCUGGGGUUGAGAGAGCGGCAGACCCAGAUGCAAGGUCCUGUUUUAGGUUUCCUUGGGUACGAGGAUUGUCUCAAAGGCUGAACAGGUGCCUCAGAAGCACAGAUUCGAAAUUGGUCUUCUACAACCUGAGAUCAGUGGGGGAUCUGUACUCGAAAUUGAAAGAUCCCAUUCCAUUGCUAUCGAGGUUAGAAGUUGUGUACAAAAUCCCAUGCGAGUGUGACAACUGUUACAUCGGACAGACUCGGCAGAGGCUGGGCGCCAGGAUUCGUCAACAUCGGUAUGAUUGCGCACCCCGAGGUUUCCUGAAGAAAGAGAAAACGGCGUUGGCCACCCACUGCUUCGACAAGGGUCAUAGAUUCAAGUUUGUGGAUGUUUCAAUUUUGGACACCGAGAGUCAUUGGGUGGAGAGGAAUAUUGCUGAGAUGAUCCACAUUUGCCUACAUGACACUGUGAACAAGAGAGAAGAUACUCAGUACCUGAAUCGUAUGUACUUGGAGUUGCUGAAGAGGUGGAAAAAUAGAAAUCGAGGGGCUCGAGGUGACGGGGUCGGUUAG